AUGUUCAGAUGGGACGAAUGGGUACCUUUAGAACGAUUGCGAAAAAGCACUCCCGAAAAUCUCAAAUUACUCGCCAAGGACAGAGGUACAGGAACCAGCAAAGCAAAAAAGAAGAGCGCGAAAGCUUCUGGAGUCGCUGUCGCCAUGGAUCAUGCCAGCAAUCACAGUCGCAGCAGUUCACGUACAUCGACACCGACGCCGAGCACGCCCAUCAUGCAAACAUCCACUUCUGAUUACUCAGCAGUCCCUGGGCAGAAAAGACCUCACUCGGCCAUUACUGCUCCGCAUGCGGAGAAUUCACCAGAUACGCUGGGGACUCCCGUCGCGAAGAAAGCCCGUCGAUCCACUCGCAGCUCCAUGACGAGUGACGCAUCGGGAAAACCUGAGAGUGAGACCAGUUCGCCGAGAUCCGCAAGUGGUAGGACACGCUCAGCUGUGAAAUCGGACGUGUCUGACGAGGGUACUCCGACAAUGGAAGGAAAAACGAAAGAAAUGAAGCGUCCUGCUGCACCGGUGAAGUCGCCUGGGAAGCCGGCAAAAAUGUCAACUUCACGUAUUGCCAAGACAUAUCCAUUCGAUGGCAGCCGGGUUGACGACGUGAUGCUAGAACGAAUGUUCCCGUCUAGAUGUUUGCCGUUCCAGGUCCCGAAGGAACUGCAGAAGGUUUUUGUGUUCGAUUGCAAAGUUUAUCAGGAAAAUGCUUGGGUUCCGUUGGUUCCUGCAAAGCGAAGCGUCGGAGAAAUUAUUACGAGCUUUUUGCAGCGUUCUUCGAAGGAUGAGUUGCCGUCCAAUGUGGAAGGAAGCUUUGGAAGCGGGUUAGAAGCUGUCUUCAAUGACCUGCUUCCGGAAACCUUAUUGACUGAGAAAGAGAUUCUGGUUGAAACUGAAGGAAAUGCGAGUAAAUACUACGGAAUCGUUCAUCUCCUGCGAUUGUUAUGUUUCCUUCCGUCUAUCAUGCAGAUUUGCUCACCUGGGAAUAGUGGAAUCGCUGGAAUCCGGAAACCUUUGGAGACUUUUUUGCGGUUUAUUGCGAAUAACUCGUCAACCUAUGUGGCUGAAGAUGUUCAGUUCGUAGAGGCAACUAAAACUUGUGCGGCGCAUUUUCCCAAGGGUACCACAGAAGAAGUAGAAGAAGACGCGUCGGAAUUGCAAUUUCCCAAAGAGUUCCAAAAUGCCGAGACUUUGUUGUGUUCCGAAGUUCACAUGCUUCUUGAGCAUAGAAAGCAGCAAAAUGAAAACACAGAAGACGAACAAGAAUUGUCAGAGGUCUUCAUGAAAACAUUCGCUUAUUGCCAAAAAUUUUCCAAAUUCAAGAAUCGAGAAACGAUUGCAGCCGUUAGAGCACUUUUGAUGCAGAAAAAGUUGCACAAGUUUGAGGUUGCAGCUUUAGCGAACCUCUGUCCCGAGACUCCAGAAGAAGCGAGAGGGCUCAUUCCCAGUCUGGAAGGGCGGUUUGAAGACGAAGAGCUACGGGAAUUGUUGGAUGAUCUUCAAACGAAGCGAAGUUUCCAAUAUUAG